AUGCCUUCUAUCCAGCACCUCGUUUCCCGAAGCGCCUCGGGCGUCGUCCGCCGUAGCGACGACAACGGCGUCACGCUUAACCUCAUGAUCGUCGUCCUGGCGUUGGUCUUCUUCGCCCUCCUCCUAGUCUCCACACUCUUCCUCAUGCGCCGCAUGCGCAGACAACAACGGCAAGACGCUCUUCCCACCUACCAAGAGGUGAAGGGCGUCCCCCGCAACCACCACAACCUCACCAUCCAGACAAGCCAGGACGGCCGCUCAAGCGUCCUGUACAUCGGCCAUGACGGACGCUCGCCGAUGCUCCAGAACCCCCAGUCUGCCCCCCACUCCCCCGACAACGUCCCCGAGAUCCACAUCACCUUCCCCGACGAGCAGGACGAGGGCGGUCGCCCCAAGAGUGGCCGCGUGCUGGUCGUUCGCGUCGGUGACGGCGGCUCCGUCGGCCUCGAGCCCGUCCGCGAUGAGGAGCUACCCGCCUACGAGAAGGACAGCAAGUCGCAGUUCUACUCUGUCGACAUGGACUCGAUCGGCGGCCUGCGUGAGAAGGAGCGCAACAACUAA